AUGGGCAGAAGAAAGAUCGCCAUUGAGCCCUUGACGGACGACCGUAACAGAACGGUGACAUUUGUCAAGAGAAAAGCUGGUUUGUUCAAAAAAGCACACGAAUUGGCCGUGCUUUGCCAGGUGGACUUGGCCGUGAUCAUAGUGGGCAACAACAACAAGAUCUACGAGUUUGCGUCGGUCGAUACCCCGGAGAUCAUCGAGUGCUACAAGCGGCUGAAACCACACGAGCUGAAGCUGCCGGAGAAUUACGGCAAAUACAAGAAAAAACAUCAUUUGAGUGAUAAAUUGCUGCUGCUGCUGCUGUUUGUGGCACUGCCGAAGGAUGACCUUCACGAUGUACCUGUGGACGAUGCUGACUCCUACUACGACUCAAACAGUCCUGAGCCAAAGAGACAGAAACACCUGCUGACACAUUCGACGCCGUCGUCUAUGUACAGCAAACAGCCCUCGAAGGCGAAAGCGCUGGAGCUGAAACCACUGCAGCUGCAAAGGCCGGUGCUCAGGGUCCAGAUCCCCUCUGAUGCUAAAAAUUCAAGCAACGACUCGGCAAAGACAAUUACUGCUUUGGACACUACUGAGGUGAAAAAAGACAACGUCAGUGAAUCUACCCAUCCGGGCCAGCCUCCUCUCCCAAGCAGGUUCGAUAAUUUCAUGAAGUUGAAGGGCAAUCAGCCAAAUAAAAACACCCCUCAGCUUCCCGUGCCUACAGUAAGCAAAUCCCAGACGCUGAGUCCAUCAAGCGCAGUGGCGCCUCAGCUUCCGAGAAACGCUGGCGUUCCUUUCUUCUCCUCCCUCCCACAGGCCUCGCCUGGUCAGUACCAACCUGCCAUUCUACCUACACCAGUGCUAAACCAGGUCUUCAAUCAGGCAUAUAUGGGCCAACCCAGCGCUACCGUUCACCCAGAUCACAACAACAACAGCACCAAUAACAGCAACAAUAACCACAACAACAAUAAUGGCAAUAACAGCAGUAAUAACGAGGAUGGGUCACAGCAGAAUACUCAGCAAGGCGCUGACAAUGACGACUCACAGAAAUUCAAACAUACUUUUCCAGGCCAAUUCGCCAAUCCAGAACAAACGCCGAUGUCAGCACUUCCGUCUCGAUACGUCAAUGACAUAUUUCCCUCUCCUUCAAACUUGUACCCACCUCAGGACUGGCCCCUGGGGAUGACGUCGUUCCCGGCCAAUAUGCCCCACUAUUUUGUCAGCAUGGUUCCCUCAGGUAGUGGGCAGACUCCAAUGACAGGAAACCCGAUGUUUAUGAAUGCACGGGGAUCUCUUCUGCUGGCAAAUAGCGGCGGCACGGGGAACGGCGCUCUGAGAGAGGGAGAAGGGGUCCCGCUGAACACGCAAACCACACAAGGGCCCCAGCCACCGCAGCCGGCAGCGCAACAAAGCACCGCCAACACUCUGCCGCAGAAUCUGGAGAUUUAUAUGGGGAACCUGUUUAACUAUAGAAAAUAA